GAGAGCCUCUCUUUGGACUCCAGUUGCUUUUCUUCUCCACCUGUGACUUUCCUUCAAGAAUUGCCAAGCUACCGGUCUAUUGCUCGUAAGAGGACGACCAUCCUUUCCCGGGACAAGCAAAGUGGCACUUUGCUGAAGCCAACAGACUCUUACAGCUCCCAGUUGGAGGGAGAAAUCACUGAAAACCUUGACAACCAAUCCAUUCGGAAAUAUGCACUGAACAUCUCUGAGAAGCGGAGACUAAGGGACAUUCAGGAGACCCAAAUGCAGUACUUAUCUGAGUGGGACCAGUGGAAACGGUAUAGCAGCAAGUCUUGGGAGAGGUUCAUAGAGAAGGCUCGCGAGAUGACAACCCACCUGGAGCUGUGGCGGGAGGACAUUCGCAGCAUAGAAGGAAAAUUUGGCACUGGAAUUCAGUCCUACUUCUCCUUCUUACGGUUUCUGGUAUUGCUGAAUUUGGUGAUAUUUCUGAUCAUCUUUAUGCUGGUUUUGCUCCCAGUCUUGCUCACCAGAUACAAGAUCACCAACAGCAGUUUUGUGCUCAUUCCAUCCACAGGCGCGGAUAUUCAAUGCACAGUGUAUCCAAUAAGUAGUUCUGGACUCAUUUACUUUUACAGUUAUAUCAUAGACUUGCUUUCUGGCACUGGUUUCCUGGAGGAUACCUGCCUCUUUUAUGGACAUUACACCAUUGACGGGGUGAAAUUUCAGAACUUCAUCUAUGAUCUGCCUCUGGCUUAUGUGUUAAGCACAGUUGCCUACCUGGCCCUGAGCCUUCUUUGGAUAGUGAAAAGGUCGGUGGAAGGGUUCAAAAGUAAUCUGAUCCGGAGCGAGGAGCACUUCCAGAGUUACUGCAACAAGAUCUUUGCGGGCUGGGAUUUCUGCAUCACCAACCGCAGCAUGGCGGACCUGAAGCACAGCAGCCUGCGCUACGAGCUCCGAGCAGAUCUGGAGGAAGAAAGAAUACGGCAGAAAAUAGCAGAAAGGACCUCAGAAGAAACGAUACGGAUUUACUCUUUGAGACUGUUUUUGAACUGUAUCGUGCUGGCCGUUUUAGCGGCAUGCUUUUAUGCAAUCUAUAGGGCGACUAUAUUCUCUCAAGAACACAUGAAAAGAGAAAUUGACAAGAUGGUUUUUGGAGAGAACCUCCUGAUAUUGUACCUGCCUUCUAUUGUGAUCACGCUGGCCAAUUUUAUCACCCCAAUAAUCUUUGCCAAGAUCAUCCACUAUGAGGAUUAUUCCCCAGGCUUUGAGAUCCGGCUGACAAUCCUUAGGUGUGUUUUUAUGCGGCUGGCCACCAUCUGUGUGUUGGUGUUCACUCUGGACUCCAAAAUUACAUCCUGCGAUAACUACCCAUGUGAGCUCUGUGGCUAUAACCAGAAACUCUACCCGUGCUGGGAGACCCAAGUUGGGCAGGAAAUGUACAAGCUGAUGAUCUUUGACCUCAUCAUCAUCUUGGCUGUGACACUUUUUGUGGAUUUUCCUAGAAAGAUCCUGGUGACCUACUGUUCCUCUUGGAAGCUGUUUCAGUGCUUGGGACAGCAGGAGUUUUCUAUCCCUGAUAAUGUUCUAGGGAUCGUUUAUGGGCAAACCAUUUGCUGGAUUGGAGCCUUCUACUCACCCCUUCUUCCUGCAGUUGCAACCUUGAAGUUCAUUGUCAUCUUUUACGUGAAAGAGAUAAGUCUUCUUUAUACCUGCAGACCCUCUCCGAGGCAGUUCAGAGCAUCUAAUUCUAAUUUCUUCUACCUGUUGGUGUUGCUGAUUGGGCUGUGCUUGGCAAUAAUACCUCUUACAAUCAGCAUUGCACGCAUCCCUUCCUCCAAAGCCUGUGGGCCCUUCACCAACUUCAACACCACCUGGGAGGUGGUCCCCAAGAUGGUGAGCACCUUCCCCAGCUCGCUGCAGUCUCUGGUCCAUGGCAUCACGUCGGAAGCCUUCGCAGUGCCUUUCUUCUUGAUCCUCUGCCUCGUUAUGUUUUACUUCAUCGCCCUAGCAGGAGCGCACAAGCGGGUGGUGGUCCAGCUCCGAGAGCAGCUGUCCCUGGAAAGUCGUGACAAGCGUUACCUAAUCCAGAAACUAACAGAAGCCCAGAGGGAUAUGAGGAACUGGCUAGACUGA